AUGAAGAUGGAUAAACUUAUUAUUUUCAUUUUUUUGUUACAAGGUGUUUGGUGUGGAGAUUGGAGCAUCAGUCUGCCAGAGAAGAUUGAAGCUCUGAGUGGAUCCUGUGUGACCAUAAACUGCACAUUUACUAUUAAUAACACAUAUAACAAAUAUCUCACUGACAGUGCUGCAGGAGUGUGGUUUAAAGAUGGGACUGACUAUCAAACAAAUGUAGUGUUUCACUCCAACAGGACCAAUCUCUAUUUUAAAGGGAAAAUAAUUGGAAAAUUGAAAAGCAAAGACUGUACCACCAUCUUUUAUAACGUUACUUCAAAUUACAGUGCGAUUUUUUUCUUCAAGAUUGAGGGUAAUGGUGGACUAAAAUGGACCUAUACACAAAAAUCUGCUUUAAUAGAUGUGAUCGACUCUCCUCGCAAACCCACAGUGCAGAUGUUUAAGGAUCAGAUGGAGGUUGAGGUUCAUGAGGAGGUGUUAGAGGGGAGCUCUAUGUGUCUGCGCUGCUCUGCUAAGACUCUCUGCUCCUCUUCUCCACCAACUCUCACAUGGAGCUCCACUGACAGACUCCACCUCAAUGAUAGCAGCAGACAACAGCUGGAUCAACAGAAACAAACUGAGAUCAUCUCUGAUCUGAACUUCACUGCUAAUCACCUUCAACAUGGAGUCACUUUCAUCUGCACUAUAACCUACCAGAUACAGCAGAGAAACACAACAGCACAGAACAACAUCACAUUACGUGUUCAGUAUGCACCCAAAAUCUCUCUUUUCAGCUGUAACAGAACUGAUGUAACUGUGUGUUUGUGUGAGGCUCAUGGGAAUCCCUCUCCUAAAGUGAAGUGGUUUCUAUCUGGACGUCCUGUCAGUAACUCUACAAACACAUUCAUCAGUGAGGAGCGAUUGAGCAGCACAGACUUGAGGAGCUUCAUUUCUCUCCAUCAGUCACUUACACACACAGACACUCUGCAGUGUGUCACCAUCAACACUCACGGCAAUGCCAGUAAACUGAUUCAACUGGUUUCUAGUCCUCAGGAGAUGACACAUUGUCAACAGACUUUAAUUUCACUCCUGAUCAUCUUAACACUGAUUAUUAUCCUGUAUGCUCUGACUGUUGGAUUUGCACUUUACAAAAUUAGACAAUUGAGCAACAAGCUGAAGGUUCACAGUGAUGCAGGCACAUUUGCUUCUCGUCACCUCUCUGCUUCAGAGUCUGAUUAUGAGAUUAUGACUAUGAAGAAAGAUGACACACAGUAAACAACAAAUAAACAUUUGAAGUGAAAAUUUGGGACUUCACAUCUUUGGCAAAAGACAGAAAUUUCAGCACUCCUAAUAUGCUUAAAGCAGUAAAACCUCACACCUAAAAACUCAAUGGUACCCUUCAUCUGUUAUCACACUGGGAUCGGGCAGCAGCAAAUAGAUGUUAUUGAACUGUAAAUUUCAGUGGCCAUGAAUUUAUGCACACAAUUUUUAGAAUUUGUGAUACAGUUUCUUUAAACUAAAUGUAGAAAAUCAUAUUUUUUUAAUUAGUUUGUUUAAAUGCUUUCUGAUAUUGAAUGUUGUACUAUCAAUUUGUAUUAACAUUUUUUAUUUGAUAUUCUGUACUUUUUUACAGUAUAUAUUUUACGUUGUUUUAUUUAUAUUAUUGUUUUGUCAUUAAAGAGUCA